AUGCCCACGUUCGACCAGGCGCUGCGCAAGGCCGGUGAGUUCGGACGCUUCCAGCGGCGCGUGUUCCUGCUGCUGUGCCUGACCGGGGUCACCUUCGCCUUCCUCUUCGUCGGCGUGGUCUUCCUGGGCAGCCAGCCCGAGCGCUACUGGUGCCGGGGACCGAGCUCCGCCGCGCUGGCCGAGCGCUGCGCCUGGACAGCCCAGGACGAGUGGAACCGCACGGCGCCCGGCCUGCGCGGGGGGCCCGCCGCCGCCGCCGCCCACCCCGAGCCCCUCGGCGCCCACGGCCACUGCCACCGCUACCUGCUGGAGGCGGCCAACGCCAGCGCCAGCUGCAGCGACCCGCUCGCCGCCUUCCCCAACCGCUCGGCGCCCCUCGUGCCCUGCAGCGGCGACUGGCGCUACGUCCAGACUCACUCCACCAUCGUCAGCGAGUUUGACCUUGUCUGUGUCAAUGCCUGGAUGCUGGACUUCACCCAAGCCAUCCUAAACCUUGGCUUCCUGGCUGGAGCGUUCACCUUGGGCUACGCGGCAGACAGGUAUGGCAGGAUAGUGAUUUACUUAAUAUCCUGCUUUGGUGUUGGCAUCACUGGUGUCGCGGUGGCAUUUGCACCUAAUUUCUCAGUGUUUGUGAUCUUCCGCUUUCUACAAGGAGUGUUCGGCAAGGGAGCAUGGAUGACUUGCUUCGUGAUUGUGACGGAAAUAGUAGGCUCAAAACAAAGGAGGAUUGUGGGGAUUGUCAUCCAGAUAUUCUUCACCCUUGGAAUCAUUAUCCUCCCCGGAAUCGCCUACUUUAUCCCCAGCUGGCAAGGGAUCCAGCUCGCCACCACGCUGCCCAACUUCCUCUUCCUCCUUUAUUACUGGGUGGUUCCCGAGUCUCCCCGCUGGCUGAUCACGCGGAAGAAAGGUGACAAGGCGUUGCACAUCCUGAGGCAGAUCGCUGAGUGCAAUGGGAAGUACCUCUCGCCAAAUUAUUCAGAGAUCACUAUUACAGAUGAGGAAGUUAGCAACCCAUCCUUUCUAGAUCUCGUGAGAACCCCCCAGAUGAGGAAGUGCACUCUCAUCCUCAUGUUUGCUUGGUUCACAAGUGCUGUGGUGUACCAAGGACUUGUCAUGCGCCUGGGGAUCAUAGGCGGCAACCUCUACAUUGACUUCUUCAUCUCAGGAGUCGUGGAGCUGCCGGGUGCUCUCCUGAUCCUCCUGAGCAUUGAGCGCAUCGGACGACGCCUCCCCUUCGCGGCAAGCAAUAUAGUGGCCGGGGUGGCGUGCCUGGUCACUGCGUUCUUACCAGAAGGGACACCAUGGUUGAGGACCACCGUGGCUACCCUGGGAAGACUGGGGAUAACGAUGGCCUUUGAAAUUGUUUACUUGGUGAAUUCAGAAUUGUACCCAACAACAUUACGGAACUUUGGAGUCUCACUCUGUUCAGGGUUGUGUGACUUUGGGGGAAUCAUAGCCCCGUUUCUACUCUUCCGGCUCGCGGCCGUGUGGCUGGAAUUACCUCUAAUCAUCUUUGGUAUCCUGGCCUCUAUCUGUGGUGGCUUCGUGAUGCUUUUGCCUGAAACCAAGGGUAUUGCCUUGCCAGAGACAGUGGAGGAUGUGGAAAAACUUGGCAGUUCACAGUCUCAUCAGUGUGGCAGGAAAAAGAAAAUCCAGGUUUCCAGCUCUAACGUCUGAGCCUCCACCUGCCCUCCCACGGAAGUGAGCCUAUGGUUAUGCCUGCAAUAGGCGCUUUGCUCCUCGAGGAGGCGCCCUUCCCGCAGUCUUUAAACAGUAUUUUCUAUGACAGGAGGAGUAAGAUUUAUCAUGCUACCCAAGUUUCUGGGAACAUACGUCAUGAGUGACCGGCUUAGCAAAGAGCCUCUGGGUAUACCUCUCUGUCUGGGCUUUCUCUUCUGAGAAGUAUCUCUCAGUGAUUAAAGAGUUAAAGAAAAACAAGAGAGCCCCAGCCCAGAUCUGAGGACAGCCCCAGCCUAGACACAGGAUGUGCUAACAGAAGAUCCAAGACGGAAGCCUGGACACGUGUUCAGCAAAUCUUGUCAGGGGAUGGAGCAGUUUGCUACGUGUUCGGAGAGGCUGUAAGACUCAAGGUUUGCGGGUGUGGCUUUUUCUGCUUCUGGGUUCUGGGUACGUGUGUCUUCACCGUGUGGACAUGCUGUCCCCGUGUCGCCCACCACUCCCCAGCCCUGCAACGUCUAGGGUUACGGCGUUGGUUACUUCUCACAAUGCUUUGGGGUACUUUGGGCCUUCCUUUGUGGGACGCCUGAAGCCACAGAUUUCUUUCUUUACCAAACAAAACAAAAGGAUUACGGUUUCCUGAGUUUUAGGAAUUUAAAAGUCAAGGGAUAUUUAUGCUAUAUUUGUGAGUUUAAGUCCAAUGGUGCCUGUGGUCAAGGAUGAACAAGGUGGACACUUCUCAUUCAGGCUGAGCAUGUUGGAUGUGUCUCAGGGGGAAGGCUUACAUUUUUCUUGAAGGCGAAAGCCAAUUUUUUCUGGUCGAAAAGAAAUAGCAUCAGCUUGAUAAGUGACUUGGAUGACACCAGUAAGAGACUUGGCCUUUUUUAUAAUCAAGACUGUUGAAAUAUGGGACUUAACAAACACAAACAGUGUUCUACUUUGUGUGUUAUAGUUUCAGAUUUAGCAUAUAUCUUAGGAUGAGUUUUUUAAGACAAAACCUUUGUGAAGACAGGCAAGAUUGGCACCAAAGGAAGCCUUACCAACAAGGAAGAAAAUUUGUACGUGGAGAACACAUGUGUGUGGUGUGUCUGACAACACAUAAGAUAUAGGUGUAAGUUGAAAACUAAAUUUCUAAUCCCUAAAGCACAUCGGAACUGCAAAUGAAUGUCCUCUUUGUCAGUGUCGUCAAUAUGGCUUCUUGAGGAUUUCACACCGUCUUUGCUCUGUAGACAUAAACAUUCGUGUGUUGCUUUCCUUUACACUUCUUUGCUGUAAGAUGGUUAUUACCCUUUCAUACUGUCACCUUUGGAUUGUAAUUCAAGUUGAUAUUUGUGUUCAUAGCAGUAAAAACAUUUUAAAAUAAAA